GCCACCUACUACUACCGCCAGCAUCUCGCAGUCGCAGAUCGCGCAUCUGUCAGGAUACAAGGAUUGCACCGUGAUGAAGAAAGAAGAGACUGAUGAGGCUGCCCAUUCCGACGAGAUCAGUGCGAUUGGCAAAGGCCUCAGCGCCAGCCUCCCCCAAGCUGUCAUCGGAUGCAUCCUCGACUCCAGAUGAGUCUCAAAGUGAGAACUCGAAACCUCGUGCAGGAAAGUUGGAGUCCAAGCGUGUCACCCGGACUCGCUCGAGGGUAGCAGCGACGGCGAAGGAGACGACGCUCGGAGUAUCCGGCAGUACUAGCGCUCGGAAGCUUGAUGUGAAGUUUGAGGAAAGAAAACCCGUCAAGCUCGAGCGCAUCAAAUCGCGGACGCGGAUAAAGCGAGGAUACGCUCCUCCGGAGACGUACGCCCACCUCGAACCGCUUCAGGAUUACUUGAAGGAGGAAUUGGACAUAUUGUUUUGCGGAAUCAACCCUGGAAUCCAGUCGUCCAAGUCGGGCCACCAUUUUGCACACGUAACGAACCAUUUCUGGCGGUGUCUGCAUGAUUCAGGUCUCACUGACGCCCCAGAGCGAUUGCACCCUUCAGAAAAUCAUACACUCCCGGAGAGGUUCAACCUAGGUCUGACCAACAUCGUCGCUCGACCGAGCGCUGAGGCAGCAGAACUAUCCAAGGAAGAGUUCAAGGCGGCCGUUCCAGAGCUCUUCGCCAAGAUUGCGCGGUACCGGCCGCGCAUCAUGUGCUUCGUGGGCAAGCAAGCAUGGGAGGCGGUGGAGAGCGUCGUGCGCCCGCGGGCUGUCUAUCCGAUACAGUCAGAUGAUGAGUCUUUGGGAUCCGACGGGAUCCCAGCUACUCCGAAGAGGAGGAGAAGAUCCAAGAAGGCAAAGUUUCAGUUCGACAUACAGCCGUACAAGGUCGUGCAUCCUGAUGGUGUUUCUGUGCACGAGACGCUCUUCUUCGUCCUACCCAGCACAUCUGCGCGGGUCACCACGUAUCAGCUUGCGGACAAGACGGAACUGUUUAGGACUUUGAAGCGACGGCUGGAGGAAGUGAAGAGCGGUGCAUUUGAUACGAGCAGGAUGGCGGUGAUACCUCCUUUCAAGUAGUACUGGAGUCUGCGACAUACAUAUAUGCUGUCGUGGUGGCCAGC